UACGUGAAUUCGCGACGGAGGAUAUUUUCCGCAGGACGCAAGGAGAUGGUCGCCAAAAGUUCCGGACCGGCUCUCGAGAAGCGGAUAGGCUGCAUAAAGUUCACGAUUUUUUGUUUAAAUGCAAUAAUAUGGAUCGUUGGAUGUGCAAUGUUCGGACUGUCGAUCUGGAUGCGGUUUGAGCCGAUGUUCGAGGAGUGGGUGGAAUUUUUGAAUAUGUACGAAUUCUACAUCGGGAUUUACGUGCUCAUCGCUACCUCAGUACUUGUUAUGGCCAUCGCUUUCAUUGGUUGCGCUGCCGCGCUUAUGGAACACAUCAUGACUUUAUACAUUCACGUGGGUCUUCAAGCGUUUAGCUUUAUUUGCUGUCUAACCGGAGCAGCAGUCAUUCUCGAUUAUUCAACAUACGACAGUAAGAUUCAGCCUAUCAUCGAACGGUCCAUGUACAGUCUUAUCAGUAAUUCCCAUCAUGAAACGGCGAGUUUUAUCCUGCGAAUAAUCCAGGAAACCGUCGGAUGCUGCGGAGCUGGUGGACCAAGAGAUUACACACAGAUGCGUAAACCGUUGCCCACCGAAUGCCGAGACACUGUCACUGGGAAUGCCUUUCAUCACGGUUGCGUAGAGGAAUUGUCCUGGUUUCUGGAGGCAAGAUCGGGAUGGCUUGCCGGUAUGGCGAUGGCGUUGUGCAUGCUUCAUGUGAUCAUAGCGGUGUUGUCGUUGACGCUUGUGCAAGCGAUCAAAAAAGAAGAGGAGACCAUAGUAAUAAGCCCGUACGUUAAACGUUAGGCAUCAAUUAUUGUCUAACAAUGCA